AUGUCAUACAACCGCCCUCCCAUGCCUUUACCGAAGGAUGCGAACCCCAAUCGGUCCACUUCUGGGUUGUUUUACCCUAAUGAGCCCAUAAUGCCUCCUAGAAAUGAAGAACCGGACUCUAUGAUAUCAUCAUUAGUUCUCGAUACCGCCACUCCUACAAUAGAUGCCAUGAACAGCAUCAAUAUUACCAAUGAUAUGGUUCAAGAGGCUGAGUAUGUCACCGUUAAUGAUCUUCCAAUAAACACUAGUGCCCCACCUGCCAUGUUCACAAGAACUGGGCACGAGAUACCUAUCCCCGAUGGUGUGGAGAGGAAUGGAAGACCUGUUGCUACCAACAAAUUCUAUGGAAACUUUUUGCUAGGUAGUCAAACAUGCGCAACAUGGACUCACCCUUACUCAGUCUGGAUUUCCAAGGAUAAUGCGUUCCCAGGAUUUGCCGCAAAUCAUGUACGUGCUUCACAAAGAGUAUUUGGUGAUGGCAAUCCAGCACCAUUCUUCUUUAGUCCAAUUGGAAUUAGAUCAUUUGUCUUUGGUGCGAAUGAGUUACCAUCUUUUGAAAGUAUGUCUUUGCGUUUUACUGACUUAUCGCACAUGUCAAUCCAUGUAUGGCUAAAGAAAUCCGAGUCGGAGCAUAUCAGAUUUCCUAUCGUUCAAGGUAUGGGCUUUAUUACCGCUAACUAUAGCAAUCUGACACCCAGAUUACAAUCUGCUGUCGGCUUUAGAAAUCUGAACAGUAUGGCAUCACCCAGGACAGAUAUGCAAAAGUAUCAAGUCUUACUGGAAAACGAUGUGAAAUGGACCAUUUACGUGAAACUAGAUUCAAAAUGCAACAACUUCCAGUUAUUCAUUGCGAAUGGAAAUACAAUCCAAGCUAACCAACGUGUCAGUUCGGCCACAAUCCAAGUUGUUGCAGAUACUGUUGAGGCUAUAGACCAGGCAGCUGGUUGUUAUCCGGUGAAUUGCGAUGUUGUAAAUGCAGUUAAUAAGGACAAAGGUAUCUAUAGACUGGCUUAUAAAACAGAAGGCUAUUCAAACAAAGGUACGACCCUCUUGUAUGGAUUGAGACACCAUAUGGUAUCAAUGACUAUCCCAACUGCGUUGACCAGUAUUAAUUCAGAGUUAGACUCUACUGUGAUGGGUGUUAUGAGGGGCUUCAUCACAAAUACGCUGGAAAUGCAGGUUCAGAUUCCAGCUAAUGUUGAUUUUAUCCCAGCUACAACAAUUCCAGGAAGGAGAGUUUUAUACUCGCAUGAAGUGUUGGAAAAAGUAAGAGAUGCAGCUAGAAAAGAAGUGAAUGGAGACGUAAUCAAUGAAUCUAAUGUUAACUCAAUGUAUUUUUCAGGUAAAGUAUUGGCCAAAUAUGCAUGGAUACUAUUUUGCUGUCAAUAUAUCGUUAAUGACAGAGGAUUGGUGGAUAUUCUAUUACCAAAGUUGAAGGAAGCAUUUGCACGCUUUUCACAAAACCAGCAACAAUUACCGCUAAGAUAUGACACUACAUGGGGUGGUGUUAUAUCUUCAGGAACUAGUGGUGACGAUUUUGGAAAUUCUUACUAUAACGAUCAUCAUUUCCAUUAUUCCUACCAUAUUAUUGCCGCUGCAAUUUUGACGAAAGUUGACAGAGACAUUGGUAAUGGUAGCUGGUUUACUGAAAAUCGAGAAUGGGUUGAAACCCUAAUAAGGGAUUAUGCUAAUCCUUCAGAAAACGAUCCCUAUUUCCCCAUGUAUAGGUCAUUUGACUGGUUCACUGGACACUCGUGGGCAAAAGGUCUCUUUGAGAGUGGUGAUGGUAAAGAUGAAGAGUCAAGUUCUGAAGAUGUCAAUUCUUGUUACGCUUUGAAACUAUGGGGUAUGGUUUCUGGAAAUGUUGCAUUGGUCAACAGAUCGAAUGUCCAACUUGGAAUUCUAAACACAUCACUUAAUCAAUAUUUCCUUUAUGAUGAUGCUAACAAAACUGAACCACCACAAUUUAUUGGUAAUAAAGUAAGUGGUAUAUUAUUUGAGAACAAGAUUGAUCAUACAACUUAUUUUGGGAAUUAUCUUCAAUACAUCCAAAUGAUUCAUGCUAUACCAAUAACUCCCAUGUCGUCAUUUAUCAGACACCCAUCAUAUGUUGAGCAAGAGUGGAUUCAAAAACUUCAAGGCAUAGUUAAUGAUGUUAAUGACGGUUGGAAAGGAAUAAUGAUGCUAAAUUUGGCUUUGUUCAAUCCUCGAGCAUCAUUUGAAUUUUUUUCAUCUCCCAAUUUCUCCGGUAAUUUCCUUGAUAAUGGUCAGAGUUUGACAUGGUCCCUUGCUUAUUCAGGUGCGUUCAUUUGA